GAUAACGUGGAGAGGGCAGACGCGCUGCAGUUAACAGUGGAGGAAUUUGUCGAGCGUUAUGAAAAACCUUACAAGCCUGUAGUCUUGCUGAAUGCUCAGGUGGGCUGGUCUGCCCAAGAGAAGUGGACAUUGGAACGACUGAAACGCAAGUAUAGGAACCAGAAGUUCAAAUGUGGAGAGGACAAUGACGGUUAUUCUGUGAAGAUGAAGAUGAAAUACUACAUAGAGUAUAUGGAAACCACACGCGAUGACAGCCCGCUCUACAUCUUUGACAGCAGUUAUGGAGAGCAUCCCAAGCGCAGGAAACUCCUGGAGGACUACAAAGUACCCAAAUUCUUCACCGAUGAUCUGUUUCAGUAUGCAGGGGAGAAGCGAAGGCCACCCUACAGAUGGUUUGUGAUGGGCCCACCUCGUUCUGGAACAGGAAUUCACAUCGAUCCCUUGGGAACUAGUGCGUGGAAUGCCUUAGUCCAGGGACAUAAGCGCUGGUGCCUGUUCCCCACCAGCACACCCAGAGAGCUGAUCAAAGUGACGCGAGAAGAGGGAGGGAACCAGCAGGACGAGGCUAUCACUUGGUUCAAUGUCAUCUAUCCUAGGACGCAGCUCCCCACCUGGCCCCCUGAAUUCAAACCCCUGGAAAUCUUACAGAAACCAGGCGAGACAGUCUUUGUGCCAGGUGGCUGGUGGCAUGUGGUUCUCAAUCUUGACACAACUAUUGCCAUCACGCAAAACUUUGCCAGCUGUACCAACUUCCCCGUGGUGUGGCACAAGACAGUAAGAGGGAGACCCAAAUUGUCACGGAAAUGGUACAGGAUCCUAAAGCAGGAACACCCUGACUUGGCAGCUUUGGCCGAUUCAGUUGACCUGCAGGAAUCUACUGGUAUUGCUUCCGAUAGUUCUAGCGAUUCUUCCAGUUCCUCAAGUUCCAGCUCCUCAGACUCUGAUUCAGAGUGUGACUCUGGCUCUGAGACAGAGGGGAUGAUGCACCGGAGGAAAAAGAGGAGAACAUGCAGUAUGAUGGGUAACGGUGAUACAACUUCCCAGGACGACUGUGUGAGCAAAGAACGCAGCUCCUCCAGGAUUAGGGAAUCUUGCGGAGGCCGCAGCUACCCCUGAGAGAUUACAACACCCACCUAGAGGCAGCUGCCGAUCGAAGCUCCGUUAGCAGCCAGCCAGCUCUGUCCUACCCCCUUCUGCUUCUAUUUCUUACAGUCCUUAAGUUUUUUGUCACUCUUCCUCGAUCCAGACAUCCAUCUUCAUUAUGUGCUGUCAAAGGUUGGCUCCUUAAUAACUUCUAGGGGAAUGCCCUGACUCUCUACAUUAUUGUGCAAUGCUUUGUCCCCUCUGCGCCCCAAGUGAGUGCACUAAUCACCCAGCUUUGGGUAAGGACAUGCCAAGUAUUUAAUGGUUCACGUAACUGGCAAGGAAGACGAUGGUCAGUUUUUAAAGAACUCUUUUUAAAACCAGCAGGUAAAUCUAAAAACCUGCCUUGCUUUGAC